GAACCGCAGCAGAACCGCCUCAGCAAUGGCCUUCUCCGCCCCGAUCGUCCUCGUCCUCUUCUGUGGAGCUUUUUCAGCGGCGCUGGACUUCAAGUGGAACUCUCAUCCUGCUUCUGGCCGGUUUGGACCCCCCCACCCAGCACCCCUCCAGCAGAAGCAGUCUUCUGGCGAACUGUUGUCUUGGACGUAUCCGGCGCCGCCGGUAGAGGAUGAACCUCGGUUCCCUCCGACCUUCGAGCAGAACGUUCCGUCGUCGGCCGACAGCAUCAGCGCGGUCUGCGGGGAGAACUCUAUCUGGGUGGAGGCCAACAAGGACCUGCUGGGCAUCGGUAAACCGGUCGUGGCUGCAGAGGUCACCCUGGGAGGGUGCCCCGCCAUCGGGGAAGACCCCAACGCCGACGUCCUGAUCUUCGAGUCCAAACUGCACGGGUGUGGCAGCCAGCUGGCGAUGGUUGACGACUCGUUCAUCUACACCUUCACGCUGCUCUACACCCCCAGUCCUCUCGGGGGCAGCGACAUCAUCCGAACCGAAGACAUCGCGGUCGACAUCCAGUGUCACUACCAGAGGAAGCAUGAUGUGAGCAGCUGGGUGUUGACGCCGACCUUGAGUCCCUUCAGUGUCUCUAAAACCGACGAGGAAAGUCUUUACUUCUCCAUCAAGCUCUUGACUGACGAUUGGCGUUCCACUCGGCCUUCCGCUGUGUACCUGAUGGGAGACAUGAUGAAGUUCGAAGUAUCGGUCAAACAGUUUUACCACGUUCCCCUCAGAGUGACGGUGGACAGCUGCGUGGCCACGGUGGCCGCCAACAUCGACACCGUCCCUCGCUACGUCUUCCUGGGAAACAACGGGUGUCUGUUCGACAGUCAGCUGACGGGCUCCAGCUCUCGGUUCCUGCCCCGCUCGCAGAACGACAAGCUGCAGUUUCAGGUGGAAGCCUUCAGGUUCCAGCAGGAAGACAACGGCGUGAUCUACAUCACUUGCAAUGUGAGAGCAACGUCUGCUGCUUUGGCCAUCGAUUCCACCAACAAGGCCUGUUCCUUCGCCAACGGAUGGAGGGAGGCCAGUGGAAGCCAUCAAGCCUGUAGCUGCUGUGACUCUGACUGUGACACACAACGCCAAACUCACUUGACUGGAAAAGCAGGACCUCAGUGGGAACAGGAAGCAGCUGUUGGGCCAAUCACAGUGAAGGAGAGACCUCUGUAG